UUUGGUAAUGGAAGAUGACAGGCCAAUUGCUUAUUUAAGAAAAGCAAAUUAUCACCAAAAAAAGAAUUACAAACCCUAAUCCAAGAAGUUAGCGAGGUUUUAAAAUUUUAUUUUCUCGUUGUGAUGGAUAAGAGGGAUCUAGAAAGAGAGUUUCACAUGACAGGAGGAGUUGGGAAAACAAGUUAUGCAAGAAACUCUUCCUUACAGAAGAAAGCAUCUGAUGAGGCCAAACACAUCACACUAGAGACACUGCAACAGCUCUACAAAGAGACAAAACCCAAGAGUUUAGUAAUAGCUGACCUGGGAUGUUCUUCAGGACCAAACACUCUCUCCACCAUUAGAGACAUCAUCAAAGCCGUCAUAUCUGCUCACCGACGCGAGAUCCCAAGCCAGCUCUUACCAGAACUCAACUUCUUCCUUAACGAUCUCCCAGGGAAUGACUUCAACUCCAUAUUCAAGACCUUGCCUGACUUUCACUUAGAGCUCAAGAGAGAUACCAACGAUGACGAAUCCCCUUCAGUUUUCAUUGCAGCCUACCCUGGAUCAUUCUAUGGAAGGCUCUUCCCUGAAAAGACCGUCCACUUUAUUUAUGCCUCUUACAGCUUACACUGGCUCUCCAAGGUUCCUCCAACUUUGUAUGAUGAUCAAGGCAAGUCCAUAAACAAAGGCUGUGUUAACAUCUGCUCCUCGAGCCCUGAAGCUGUUUCCAACGCUUACUACAGUCAAUUUAAGGAAGAUUUCUCCAUCUUCCUCCAGUUUAGAUCAAAAGAGGUGGUUACUGGAGGUCGAAUGGUGCUCAUAGUACUUGGAAGAGAAGGUCCAGAUCAUGUUGAUAGAGGAAACUCUUUCUUCUGGGAACUUCUCGCAAGAUCCUUAGCAGAUCUUGUUGCACAGGGAGAAACUGAGGAAGAGAAGCUCGAUUCUUACGAGAUGCACUUUUACGCUCCGAGUGCUGCUGAGAUAGAAGAUGAAGUGAACAAAGAAGGGUCUUUUGAAUUAGUGAAGUUAGAGAUGUUGGAAGUGGACAAGGAGAAAGGCAACGAGGAUGGUAUCAGUUACGGUAAGGCGGCUGCGAAGACGGUAAGAGCGGUUCAAGAGUCAAUGCUUUCACUUCACUUCGGGGAAGAGAUUCUUGACAAGCUGUUUGAUACAUAUGGUAGAAUGGUUGGCGAGGAGUUGGCUAAGGAAGACAUAAGACCCAUCACAUUUGUUGUUGUCCUAAGAAGGAAGCUCUGAAACAUAGAAAUGAAACCUACAUAUAUGUAGCAAAUAUUGAAUAUAAAAUCAUAAGUCAAAGUCUAUAUCAAACCCAUUGCAAUCAAUCUCAAUGAAACCUGUAAAUAUGUUUCAGUGUUUUAAAC